ACCGAUCGGGAUCUUUGAUUUCAUCCAAAGCGCGCACAGCGUGUGAGCGACUUCACGAGCUCACGUCGCGAUGGCUUCCACCGAGCAACCCCUGAAGAAGCGAAAGCUAUACGAACCCGCCUCUGAACCUCAGCAAGUCUUCGCCUCCCCUCCAUCCCAUGAAGAAAUCAUGAGAAAGCGAAGAAACAGAGAAGAAAUUAGAAACGUCUACGACUGCUACCGGAGAAUUAGGUUUUGUAUCUCUCAGAAGGAUGCUCAUCUCAUGCCCGACUUCGAACAGGCUUAUCUCUCACUGAUCACUGCUUCUAGAGGUUGUACAAGUGCACAGCGUAUUGUAGCUGAACUCAUUCCUCGAUAUGCUUCAUAUUGCCCAACUGCUCUUGAAGCUGCUGCUAAGGUUGCAGUCAAUAUGUACAAUUGGAGCCUAGCUGUGAUAAUCAGAGGGGAUGACACUGAUGGUGUUGCAUUUCAGACAGCUAAAGCCUGUAGUUUUGGUUUAGUAGAAAUCUGCUGUACUGCUGCAUCAGAGGCACCGACAUCAUCUGUUAUUCGAGGCAUUUGCUCUGCAGUUUUUCUGAAUGUCCUUACUUUCUUUGUAUCCUCAUUUGAGGGCAAGGAUAUAUAUCAGAUUGGUGAUAGGGAAAUUGAAAAAAUACAAGAUUCCAAGGAUUCUUUUUGUGAGAUAAAGCAGAAAAUUGCAGAUGAAGAUGAAACUGAAGUAUCUAAAUUAUUCAAGUUCCGGGCCCUAAGUCUGCUCAGGAUUUUCUUCCUUUGUCCCAAGAAUUUACUUGCAGCUUGUUUUGAGCUCUUCAUUUCUGGUGCAACGGAUGGAGUUUGUAAAGGACAUUACUUUCUAAGGCAGGUGACAAACCAGUUUGGUGUUGAUGAUGUAACUCGUCCUUCGGACCAGAUCAAUGAUGAUCAGCCAUGUACUGUUUCUGUCCAGACAAAUACUGAAGGUACCGCGGUUAGUAGCGAGGGGCUAAAAUCAGAUGACAACCACAUGUUGGAGAAUGCAUCUAUUGUUUCAAAAAACUGCUUGAUGGGACUGGUUAUCAGAAAAGAUCAACCUUUGAAAGCUUGGAUAUUCUCUAGGUAUAAGAAGUUAUGUAAAUCGGUAGGUUCUGAGGCUGUAUCAGAGAUUUCAUCAGCUCUAGGGAGAGUCUUUGAAUCUUUCAUAGAACUUGUGGAGAAAGCAGAAAGCCAGGAGGAUAGUGAUGAGGAUAGUUCUGAUCCAUCAAAAUACAUCAGUCGACAGUAUUUGAUGCCUAGGAUCACUAGUCAACACGAUAACCCUGGUGAAAUAUCAAGGAAGGGCUCCAAUUCUAGAAUUUAUGAUUUAUCUGUUGGUGAUGCAUUUUAUGAGGACCGGGAAUCAGCUGACAAAGUUUCAGGGCGAUCUGGAAAACCCUGUGGCCCAGUAGUUCCACAUGGGCCUGUGAGUGAGAGUUCAAAUCAUAAAUGUGGAGAGCCAGGGUCUACAAAGGACUUGGAGACUGGAGAGCGUGGAGACUCGCACUAUGAUAGGACUUCCGUACGGAAGGACCUGGUGAAAAGCCAGUUGCUUUCACCUGCAACCAGAAAGCCAUUGGAGUUCACAAAAGAUGCAUUUGAAGGUGGAGGCCAUCUUGCUCAUUUUGAGAAAAAUCAAGUUUCAAACAUGGACCUUGGCUUGUCUGCCAUGAAAUCCACGAGUGGAGUUGGCAUUACUGUUUUGUCAUCUUCCAAACAACAAUUUCCCCUAAGAUAUCCUUCAACUGGUCAGACUGUUUGGUACUCUGAUGGUGAUCCUGCAGCCAUGGACAUAUAUUCGGCUUCUCAACAUCUUUGGUUGGGUUGUCUUGGCCCUGAAGCAUCAGAAACUCUAGUUAGGUUUCAGAUUGAGAAAUUUGGUCCUAUAGAAAACUUUUUCUUUUUUCCUGCUAAAGGAUUUGCUUUGGUUGAGUUCAGAAAUAUUAUGGAUGCUAUAAAAGCUCAUGAGCAUAUGCGAGGAUCUUCCCCUUGGGGUGCCUGCCUUCGCAUAAAGUUUCUAGAUAUUGGAUUGGGAAGUAGAGGAGCUAUUAGUGGUGUUGCAGUUGGUGCUAGUUGCCAUGUUUAUAUUGGCAAGGUCUCAAGCCAAUGGGCCAAAGAUGAGAUUCUUCAUGAGUUAAGAAAAGUGGGUUUCAAGAGCCCUCGCAUGGUCAUUGAUCUUUCUAGUGAAAGUGCCUUGCUGAUGGAAUUUGAGACUGCCGAAGAAGCUACAACCGUGAUGGUACAUCUUAGGCAACAUCGCAAAGAAAAUGAGUACAAUCUACAGCUGACUAGAACCUUGACAUUAAAUGCAGGUUCAGAUGAUGUUGCAAGGUCUCAUAUGGAAGGUGCAAGAUUUGGUCCGACCCCCAUUCGUGCUGAUUUUAGAAACACUAACCUUGGAAGCAUGGCUGUUAGCAUGAGUGGCUCACCUUGUGUUACAUCUGUUCUUGAUAGUCCUGUUGACAGUUGUAAGACAAGGAUGUCUCAGUUAUCUUCCUUGCUUUCGUCUUUAUGUACAAAAUACAAUAUUGGUCAGAGUUCAAGUUCUUUUGAGAGCCAUACAUUUAGGAAUCAUCACUCACUUAACAUUAGGGAUGAAGAUAGAGUGCCAACAAACACUCUCUGGAUUGGACAACCAGAUACUGGCUCGUCAUUUGUCACAGAUGAUGAACUAACGACUAUUUGCAAUCUUGCAGUUGGAAAUGUCGGUUCUGUUGUCAGACUGACACAAGCAAAUAUGCAGAUGGGUUCUUGUUUUUUAGUUGAAUUCAGCAGUAUAGAUGCAGCUAUUGCAGCUUUGAAAAAUCUUAGGAAUUGUCCUGGGAUGUUUUUUCAGGCUCAUUUCAGCCAACCAGGGGAGCACCAUAAUACGCCCUUUACAGUUAAAUCUGGUAACAAAACUCAUGAACUUGUAUCCCCAAGAAUAAAACUAGAAAGCCGUGGAGCUUCUGUGCAAGGUGGGCAUGCAUUUCAGACAAACUGGACCAUACCUGGCUGUGCAGAGAUGCUAGAGGUUGGGGUGAGAAAAGUUGACAACCUAGAUGGUUACGAUAGUGGCAUGACAGUGGAUCAUUCACAAGCAGAUGUUCAUGCUGUUUCUAAUGCCAGCGAACAAUUGUGGAUGUACAAGAAACCUGAAACUGAGUUGCAGUUUUCAGCACCUGGGAGCAUGCCAUGUCCACCGGCAGCAACACAGGGUAUUGUACCACCACCACCACCACCACCAAUUCAAACAUCUAUGUUUAUGCGGCCUGUUUACCUUGCCCCAAACAAUUCCUGGGAGAAACAGAGUAUGAAUCAUCCAUUGCCUCUGAACCAGAUCUCACCAGGCAUUAUGCCAAAUAGCAUUCAUGUUAAUGCAGGUCCAGCCCCUUUUUUGCCUGCUUCUGUAACUCCACUUGCACAAAUAUCAGGGAAUUCCAUGCAAUUUGACCAGAUGGUUGCGUUGCCUACAUUACCACCUUUAUCACCACCACCACCUCCCCCUCCUGACAUGCCACCUCCAUUACCUCCAUCUCCACCUCCUUUGCCUCUCUCUCAGCCACCUCUGGUUCCACCUCCACCCAGCUCUCCUCCUCCACUUCCACCCAGUGUUGAACCUUCCAAUACAGAAAAUGCUGGGCAACCGCUACAAUAUCCAUGGCAGGGUGCACUUUGUAAAAGUGGGGUCCAUUACUGUACAAUAUAUGCACAUAGAGAAGAUUCAGAUGUUUGCAAGUAUUCCAAUGCCAUGUCUGAACCUACAGAAUGGCCAGUGAGGUUGGAUAUGACAAAACGAACAGAUUUUCGGCAUGUAAAGUCAACAUUUAGCAGCACCCCACCACAUAAAAGAGAGGUCUGUCGGCUGCUCCCUGUGACCGCUGGUGACCAUAAAGGCUUUCAGGAUUUCAUAUCAUACCUGAAGCAGAGGGAAUGUGCGGGAGUGAUCAAGAUCCCAUCAGGGAAAUCCAUGUGGGCAAGACUACUCUUCAUUCUUCCCUACUCAACUGAUACUUGUUCCAUGUUUUCCAUUGCUCCUAAUCCAUCAGAGUGCCUCAUUGCUUUAGUUUUGCCAAAGGAGACAAGCUUUGAAUGGAAUGCCGAACUGGUUGACAUUUGCUCCGCGUUGCUUGUCAACCAUCCGGAUGACAUCGUUUGGGUUCUGCCGUUCUGGCUGAUGGAGGAAGUGGAGAUAGCUUCCCAUCCAAAAUCAAUAGGCUUUUCUCAGAUUAAUAUUACUCCGAAUCCUGCUCCUGUGGAUCAGAUGCCAGCAUCUUGUUGCAGAGCUUAUUCAGAUGGUAGUUUCACUGUUACAGGUUCAAGUGGUUUUGGCCUUUUGUUAUUUUCUGGCUCGAACUCUUUUUUUAAAGCAAGGUGUGGCCCCUGCAGGGCUGUAUCAGCUGAAUUUGCAGAAUUUUUCGCUAUUUUGGAAUGUUGUUUGGCAGUUGACCGUUGAGGGUUUUUAAAUGUGUAGCUUGAAUCUGACUCUAGCACUGUUGUUAAUAUUAUUAAUGAAAGGUCUUUUGAGUGCUCACU